CCUUUCUGAUACGAGUUCUGUUUUCCUCUUUGAUCGAUCUCUGAUUGAUACCCAUCAUCAAUUCACGAUCUCAAAAGUAAAUUGAAGAAAAAUGGCAUCUGGGUUCACCGGAGAUGAAACGGCUCCUUUUUUCGGCUUCCUCGGAGCCGCAGCAGCUCUAGUCUUCUCCUGUAUGGGAGCCGCCUAUGGAACGGCGAAGAGCGGGGUCGGCGUGGCCUCAAUGGGUGUAAUGAGGCCGGAGUUGGUCAUGAAGUCGAUAGUGCCGGUGGUUAUGGCCGGAGUUUUGGGUAUCUAUGGUCUGAUCAUUGCUGUGAUUAUCAGUACUGGAAUUAACCCUAAGGCCAAACCUUACUACCUCUUCGAUGGUUAUGCCCAUCUCUCGUCCGGAUUAGCUUGUGGUCUCGCCGGUCUAGCAGCUGGAAUGGCUAUUGGAAUUGUGGGUGAUGCUGGUGUUAGAGCUAAUGCACAACAGCCGAAACUUUUUGUUGGGAUGAUUUUGAUUCUCAUCUUUGCGGAAGCAUUGGCACUGUAUGGACUGAUUGUUGGUAUUAUCCUUUCCUCUCGAGCUGGUCAAUCCCGAGCAGAGUAAAACAGGCAUUACCCAAAGAUCGCGGGUUUAUAAAUCCCCUUAUCAUGCAUGAUAAAGUAAUUGUUUAUUUAUUUGGUUUCCAAUUGAUUGUCUUUGUGGUGAGUGUAAACUAUUGGUAGUAAAUUGUAGUACAAAUAAGGUUUUGACCCUCAAGCACUAUUGAUUGUUGUGACCAGAAAGAACACAACUUAUUGGAAGCUAUAUAUUAUCUUCUUUUCAGUUUAUACA